AUGGACUAUGUUCGUAAACUUAUAACUGAGCGCAGAGCUACAGCUGGGCCUGCCGCAUACGAGCCCCUCGAGGACGUGGAGGCUGAAAUCACCGACAGGGAACAUGCUCGGCCGUGGUCUCGCUUUUCGCGAUUGGAAUAUGGCAUCUUCCUCCUUCUGGGAGUAGCAAUGCUAUGGUCCUGGAACAUGUUCUUAGCGGCUGCACCUUACUUUUACAGUCGAUUCCAGUCAAAUGAUUGGAUAGCCACUCAUUACCAGUCUUCGAUCCUUUCAGUCUCAACCGUCACCAACCUCGGAACGGUAUACACCCUGGCUAAAAUCCAGAAGAACGUCUCCUACACGCGCCGCAUCACAAUAUCACUUGUUAUAUAUUGCAUUGUAUUCACCCUCUUGGCAUUGUCAACACUCUUGAAAGAUGCUUCAGUCCGGGCCUACUUUGCAUUUUUGAUGGUCAUGGUCUUCGGCGCAAGCUUGGCGACGGGUAUUAUCCAGAAUGGCGUCUUCGCGUUUGUCUCCGGCUUUGGAAGAGAAGAGUAUACGCAGGCGAUCAUGGCUGGACAAGGCGUUGCUGGUGUUCUUCCGUGCCUUGUCCAGAUUGCCUCUGUCUUGGCCGUGCCACGCAAAGCUUCCAGUGAUCAAGACCAAUAUAUGCAAGGAUCAUCGCCGAAGUCGGCUUUCAUUUACUUCAUCACUGCCACCGGUGUAUCAGUGGUCACUCUUCUGGCUUUCUUUUAUCUGAUCAAAACUAGGGCCAGUCCCCAGCUAAAAUCAUCAAAUGAGAACGAGAACGAGUCCCUCAUGGAUGGUGCUCAUAGCAAGUCAAUAAGCUUGUGGUCGUUGUUCAAUAAGCUGCGGUAUCUGUCAUGCUCCGUGGCUUUGUGCUUCACGAUCACCAUGAUGUCAUUCCCAGUCUAUACUGCGGAAAUCUUGUCGGUCAACAACCCUGAGAAAUCUCGCAUGUAUGACGCGCCUGUCUUUAUCCCACUUGCAUUUCUUGUCUGGAAUUUAGGCGAUUUCCUAGGUCGUAUGGCCGUGGCAAUCCCGAGACUCUCACUAGCACACCGACCUUGGUUUGCACUUGUCUUCUCGAUUGCCCGUGUGGGAUUUAUCCCGCUCUACCUGCUGUGCAAUAUUAACGGUCGAGGCGCUGCAGUACAGAGCGACCUCUUCUACCUUUUCGUUGUGCAGUUUCUCUUCGGAGCUAGUAAUGGAUUCUUGGCAUCUAGCUGCAUGAUGGGUGCCACCUACUGGGUUUCCGCUGAGGAGCGCCAUGCCGCUGGUGGCUUUAUGAGUAUGAUGCUUGUAGGAGGCUUGACGGCAGGCAGUCUACUGAGCUUCCUCAUGUCGAGAUGA